GAAGCUCCAAAGCUCUCAUACGCGCAAAUUCUGGCACACAAGAAUCGAGAGGCUGCCACCAACCCAGGAAAUGGAGAAGGCCUAUCAUCAGGCGGGAUGGUGCCAAAUUCUAACUCGGGAGCUCCAAGUGAGUCAAAUCUGGCCCACAGUUGCAGUAAUGCUAGCAGCCCCGCAAACGUUCGGCAGUCUGCUGGUGCUUUCCGAGAGCAUGGUAAUUAUCAGGGGAGCCAGCAAUAUGGCCACCGGCCCACACAGCGAGGCUCAUCUAAGGAUGGCAUGCCUAGAUCCGAAGGCCAAGCACCAGCUCGCCAGCCAAAUGGUGGCCGCAGAAACUCUAAAGAGAACAGGCUCAACAAUCAGUUUGACCGACGAAAACCAGACUUACGCCAGAAGUAG